AUGGAACCCUCUGUAUCCCUUCGCCCUCCGUUCGACUAUGCCGAUGCCGAUAUCAUCUCCUGCGCGUGCGAUGGCAUCAACUUCCACCUCUACAAGAACAUCGUAGCAAAGGCGUCUACCGUCUUUGGCGACAUGUUCUCCCUCCCCACGGAUCCCGAUGCGCAGCCUGAGAUCCCGCAGACCGUUCCCCUCACAGAAGACGCAGACACGCUGGAGCGGCUCUUCCGCCUAUGUCUCCCCGUCGUGCCUUCGCAAUUCCAUCCGAGUUCGACUAUCUCCCCGCCCGAGCAUUGUUUGCAGUCCGCGUGUACCGCCAACAGUGCAUCGCGCAAGCCUUAG